GCGCUCACUGCCACCAUCCCGGCCUCCCCUGCGCAGCCUGCACGCUGCUCCCGGCGUCCUCCGCGGCGUCUCCCUCGCGGCUGCCGGUGUCGCAGGCUCGGGGUGGCGGAGCUCUCGCCCCACCUCAGGGACCGGACCUGGAGAUGGCUGCCCAGAAAAUAAACGAGGGGCUGGAGCACCUGGCUAAGGCAGAGAAAUACCUAAAAACUGGUUUUUUAAAAUGGAAGCCAGACUAUGACAGUGCCGCUUCAGAAUACGGAAAAGCAGCUGUUGCUUUUAAAAACGCCAAACAGUUUGAACAAGCAAAAGAUGCCUGCCUGAGGGAAGCCAUGGCCCAUGAAAAUAAUAGGGCUCUUUUCCAUGCUGCCAAAGCCUAUGAACAAGCUGGCAUGAUGCUGAAGGAGAUGCAGAAGCUGCCGGAGGCCGUCCAGCUGAUCGAGAAAGCCAGCACGAUGUACCUGGAGAACGGCACCCCGGACACGGCCGCCAUGGCCCUGGAGCGCGCCGGGAAGCUGAUAGAAAAUGUAGAUCCUGAAAAGGCUGUACAGUUGUAUCAGCAGACAGCUAAUGUGUUUGAAAAUGAGGAGCGUCUCCGGCAGGCGGUUGAAUUGCUGGGAAAAGCCUCCAGGCUGCUAGUUCGCGGACGCAGGUUUGAUGAGGCGGCACUCUCUAUUCAGAAAGAAAAGAACAUUUAUAAGGAAAUUGAGAAUUACCCAACUUGUUACAAGAAAACCAUCGCUCAGGUCUUGGUUCACCUGCACAGAAAUGACUACGUGGCUGCAGAGCGGUGUGUCAGGGAGAGCUACAGCAUCCCGGGCUUCAACGGCAGCGAGGACUGUGCCUCGCUCGAGCAGCUCCUCGAGGGCUACGACCAGCAGGACCAAGACCAGGUGUCGGAGGUCUGCAACUCGCCCCUCUUCAAGUACAUGGACAAUGAUUACGCCAAACUGGGCCUGAGCUUGGUGGUGCCAGGAGGAGGAAUCAGGAAGUCACCAGCAACCCCCCAGGCCAAGCCCGACGGCGUGGCCCCUGCAGCCCCUGAGGAGGAGGAAGAUGAAUACUCAGGAGGACUGUGCUAGUAUUUUGCUUACAACAAGAAAAGGAAAAAAGGAAGGGAGAAUUUUGACAUACCAUUUUCAUGGACCUGGGACUCAUUGAAAGUUAUCUCGACUUCCUUGAGGUCGUGAUUUUGAAUACUAAUAAAGAUGAUUCUUAGUUACCAUUUCCCAAAUCAGCCAUUGUAUCUACUAUGUCAUGCAUUUUCUUUUUCAUUGUAAGAACAGGAAUUAGCAGACUAUCUGCUGUCAUAUGUCAAUCCCGUUGAUUUUAAACUUUGCAAGCCAAAUUCUAGACAAGUCAUAUGCUAAACAAAAGGGCCGUGGGCACUGGUGCCCUUCCUCUCUGGUGGUCCUGUAAUUUACUGUCAGAGGAUUUCUUUGUAUUUUAUUUAAUAUUGCUGCUGAAAGUGAAGUUUACCAGUGAAAGAAUUAUUAUAUUAAAAACGUACUUUGUUUUGAAAAGGAAAUUUAUCCCCCAUGACACUGGAGGCGUUUAGGGUUUAGGUCUUUCUCAGAGAUGAGACUGAGAUGAAGCAGUUGUGAGACUCGAGGUGCGUACAUAAGAUGCAUAUAAGCUUUUGUAUGCGACUUUACAAAGUGCUGGAGGCGUUCUGUGAAGGCAGUCCUGUUUCCAGUGUUCUGCAUGCGGGAGAUUCUUGCACGUACAGAGGCACAGGGACUGCCUGGAGACCUGCUCAGCUCCUGACCACGCGGAAGCCAGCAUCCUGCCCACAUAGUGCGAAGGGGUCGAGUUCCAUCAUCCUAACUCCUGUGUCUCUCCCUCCAGAGCAUGGUUUCUGGUUCGCUAGGAGUUGCAGCUAGACUAUUACUGAACAUGGGAUGUGGCAUACUACAAAGGUUUGGCUGAAAAGGGAGAACUGUAUUUGAGAGACAUGUUAAACCCUGGGCUGCCAGUAUUCUCAUACUGGGUGGUGUCCUGACAUGUUAUUUUUGAAGCAUUCCUUUUGCACCCUGUGUGGCUUAGACCUGCCUCGUUGCCUGCCACCUGGAAGCAUAGGACAGCAGCAGUGUGGCCCUGCACGCCCCGCUGGCACUGCCCCAAGCUGCUUUUCUCUCCAUUCAGCCCCAUCUGGGUCCCUUUAGACUCCUCCCCUAGCAGAACCCAGCCUGCUUUGUUUCACUGGGCUUCCUGAAACACUCAGAAGAGGGUACUGGUGACCCCGGCCACAGCUUUGCUCAGAGGAAGCCCCUGUCUGUCUCCCAGUGAGGGCGGAUGUUAGUAUGACUUCACCUGGGUGCCCCUGAAGUUACCUGCAGUUCAGCAGGUGGCAGCUCAUUUUUCCUCAUUGUACUGAGAUUGUGAGCGGUGUGAAAACGACUGUACUUAGGCAUUUUUAUUUAAGGAGAAGAUAAGCUUUCUGAGGUCUCAUCACUGCUGCAUGUACCUUUAGGUCCAGUCAGAAACUUCUGGAAUCUUCUGCUAAGGCUCCUUUGAGCAAACUAGUAAUCCGUGUGAGCGGAUCGGCAGCGCUCACAGACGUGUGGGCUUUCUCUCUGCACAGCAUGCUACUCAGCACAGCCUGUGGGGCCAGGAACACUUAGUUUUACACACUGAAGACAAAAGGGAAUGAUCCCAGCACGCUGCUGACCUUGGAGCUGCAGGGGACACCCCUGUCCCACCCUGCACCCUCAGGCUGAACAUGCCGACUUCCGGAGAGCUCCUCCAUGUCAGGGUCGUCCUCUGUGGGUCUAUGAAGAGCUUUUGUGCCACACCUACAUGUUUUAUUCUUCCAUCUGCAUAAGUCUCAUCCUGAGAGCAUAGUCAGAAAAUGAUGUUUACAACAAGAAUAGUUUUCCAGAACUCCAGUGUCCUCACUUUAUCACGAUGAAAGUCUGCAUGAAUAUGCUCAGAAUCUAGUUCCAGUGUUCUAUAUAGUAAGUAGUAUACAAAGUAUAUUUAAUAUAUUGAAUUAUUUGUACAUAUGCAGAGUAUGGUGUUUGUGUAUGGAAUCUGCUCUAUUCCUAUUUUUUCCAGCUCUUUGACAUUAAAUGUGUUGUUAUAGAAAUACAGAUUAUUGCUUCUAUCAGAAGAUAAUUAUGAAAAUAAAACGUGAAACUAAAUAA